AUGUCUUCAUGGGAAGUUCUCUAUGGCCAGUUGAUUAGUGAGGGAAAAAUUGAGCCUGAUUUACAGAAGUCACUGUACAACACCACAGCAACAGCCAAAAAUGCCACCAUCGCUGUGAGCCCUGUACUAUCAGCCACGGUCAACUCCGCCGUCUUUUUUGACAUCACCGUCGAUGGCAAGCCCUUGGGCCGCAUCUCCAUCAAACUGUUUGCAGACAAGAUUCCAAAGACAGCAGAAAACUUUCGUGCUCUGAGCACUGGAGAGAAAGGAUUUCGUUAUAAGGGUUCCUGCUUUCACAGAAUUAUUCCAGGGUUUAUGUGUCAGGGUGGUGACUUCACACGCCAUAAUGGCACCGGUGACAAGUCCAUCUAUGGGGAGAAAUUUGAUGAUAAGAACCUCAUCCGAAAGCAUACAGGUUAUGGCAUCUUGUCCAUGGCAAAUGCUGGACCCAACACAAAUGGUUCCCAGUUUUUCAUCUGCACUGCCAAGACUGAGUGGUUGGAUGGCAAGCAUGUGGCCUUUGGCAAGGUGAAAGAACAUGUGAAUAUUGUGGAAGCCAUGGAGCACUUUGGGUACAGGAAUAGCAAGACCAGCAAGAAGAUCACCAUUGCUGACUGUGGACAAUUCUAAUGAGUUUGACUUGUG